GCUGUGUCGUAUAGGUAUAAUUCUAAUUUUUGCAAAAUAAAUUCAUGGGAACACGUGUACAUCUGUAAUCAAAGUUUUUUAAUAUAUAAAUUUGUACCAGAUUUCAGAGUUAAAUUUCAAUGUGAUAAGAAAACAAGGAUUGAAUUAUCAAAAUAUGUAUUGGAUAAGGUACUCAUAUGGAAUUCCCAGCAAUGUUUAUUGUGAUACUAAUAUCUUUGAUGGUAUAGUUUUGUACGCAUUGUGCAGUUUUCAAAGUGAUGGUAUAAAAUUUGAUCGAAUUAUGAAAUUUCAAGAUACAAGUUAUUUAGCAACAAUAUUUAUGUUAUUUUAUGCAUGUCUCCAAUCAUCUCGAACAGCAUCAGCUCUAUACACAACAGUCAGUGCCGUGCCAGAACCAGAAUUCAUAGAAGAAAUCGGAAACACUACAGUACCAGCUGGACGGAACGUAAAGUUAGCCUGCAGUGUUAAAGAUCUUGGUACCUAUAAGGUUGCUUGGAUGCUGUUUGAUAAAAGUGCUAUUUUGACAGUACAUAAUCAUGUUAUUACUAGAAAUCCACGAAUAUCUGUAACUCACGACAAACACCGAACGUGGUAUUUGCAUAUAAAUAAUGUUCAUGAGGACGACAAAGGAAAAUAUAUGUGUCAAAUCAAUACAGCAACAGCCAAAACUCAAUACGGUUAUUUGGAUGUAGUUGUUCCUCCUAAUAUUGAUGAUUCUCAGAGUUCUUCAGAUGCAAUUGUACGAGAGAACGCAAACGUAACCCUUACUUGUAAAGCUUCUGGCAGCCCUACUCCUACUAUUCGGUGGAAACGCGAUGAUAACGAAAAGAUAGUCAUCAAUAAAACGCUAGAAGUUUUAGAAUGGGAAGCUGAAACUUUAGAGAUGACACGGAUCUCAAGACUUGGUAUGGGUGCAUACUUGUGUAUAGCUAGCAACGGGGUUCCACCUACUGUUAGUAAACAGAUCAGAGUAUCAGUUGAUUUUUCUCCAAUGCUUUCAAUACCACAUCAGCUCGUAGGUGCACCUCUUGGAUAUUUAGUUACACUUGAAUGUUACACAGAAGCUCAUCCAACUUCCCUCAAUUACUGGACUCGGGGUGAUGAUGGAAGAAUGAUUCAUGAAAGUCGAAAAUACAAGGUCACAUCGACAGCAGAAAAGCCUGUGUAUCGAACUCACAUGAUGCUUACCAUUUAUGAUCUUGAGCUUUCAGAUUAUGGAAGUUAUAAGUGUGUAGCGAAAAAUCCGAGAGGAGAAACGGAUGGAACUAUUCGUCUUUAUAUGUCUACACCACCCACGACAAGUCCGAAUCCAACAACUACUGAGUCAUCGAGGAAAAAUUGGGAUAUCUCAACUGAAACGAAUAACUCCAUUGAUGGAAACCCUAGCUCGUUAAUCAUUCCUAAUGAGAUAGGGAUGAAAAUCGGUACACCUUUCUAUUACUUACUUAAAAUUUAG